AUGUGGAUGUUGAUUCCAGACCGGAUACCGGAUGUGGAUGUUGAUUCCAGACCGGAUGUGGAUGUUGAUUCCAGACCGGAUGUGGUUGUUGAUUCCAGACCGGAUGUGGUUGUUGAUUCCAGACCGGUUGUGGAUGUCUCACCGGAGAUGGGUGUAGAACCGGAUGUGGUUGUCAGAUUGGAUGUUCUUCCGGAUAUGGAUGUUGAUCCCAGACCGGAUGUAGAUGUUGAUUCCAAACCGGAGGUGGAUGUUCCACCGGAUGUGGGUGUGGCACCGGAUGUGGAUGUCAGAUUGGAUGUUCUUCCGGAUAUGAAUGUUGAUCCCAGACCGGAUGUGGAUGUCAGACCGGAGAUGGGUGUAGAACUGGAUGUGGUUUUCAGAUUGGAUGUUAACGUUCCACCCAGACCGGAUGUGGAAGUCAGACCGGAAGUGGAUGUUCUACCGGAUGUUGAUGCCAUACCGGAAGUUGUCAUUCUACUGGAUGUGGAUGUUUCACCGGAAGUGGAUAUUCUACUGGAUGUGAAUGUCGGACCGGAUGUGGACGUCACACCAGGUGUGGAUGUCAGACCGGAAGUGGACGUUCUACCGGAUGUAGGUGUCGCACCGGGUGUAGAUGUUCUUUCGUAUGGGGAUGUGGGUGUCCAACUGGAUGUGAAUGCAGAUUCUAGACCGGAUGUGGAUAUCCCACUGGAUGUGGAUGCUGAUUCCAGACCGGAUGUGGAUGUCCCACCGGAUGUGGAUGCUGAUUCCAGACCGGAUGUGGAUGUCCCACUGGAUGUGAAUGCUGAUUCCAAACCGGAUGUGGAUGUUCCACCGGAUGUGGAUGUGGCACCGGAAGUGGAUGUCAGACCGGAAGUGGAUGUUCUACCGGACGUUGAUGUCACACCAGAAGUUGUCAUUCUACUGGAUGUGGAUGUUUCACCGGGUGUGGAUGUUAUACUGGAUGUGGAUGUCGGACCAGAAGUGGACGUUCUACCGGAUGUAGGUGUCCCACCGGAUGUGGAUGUUCCAUUAGAUGUUGAUGUUCCACUAUAUGUGGAUGUUGAUUCCAGGCCGGAUGUGGAUGUCAAACCGGAAGUUGACGUUCUACUGGGUACUGGUGUUCCACCGGAUAUGGAAGUAGAUGUUAGACCGGAAGUGGAGGUUCCACCGGAUGUGGAUAUUCUACUGGGUGUAGAUUGUCGACUGGAUGUGGAUGUCAGACUGGGCGUGGAUGUCGCUUUGGCUCUAAAAGUGGAUGUCGGGCCGAGUGUAGAUGGCCCAGGCGUUGUUGUGGUGUGGGGUCUGUGUGUGACGAAGCGCUCGCUACACUUGACGGAGGCCACUGAUGACAUCACCUCGAUGACCAAAACCAGCAGGACGAGACGCGCCAUUGUUGGACUAGCUGUAGGAGCCUGCGAGAGAGCAGAUUUUUAG